GGUAUUUCAGCAUUCCGAUUCUCUCCAAGGGCGGGGCGGCGCUCCAUCAGUUUAAUGUUGUCAGCACGUGGAUAGUUGUGUCCCGGGCGGGCAGGGCGCGCGGUGUCUCGCUCGGGUGGAGAGUGCGCGAGGAUGCUGAGAGAGACGCCCGUGAGAGGACGAACAGGUAGCACGGAUGUAAGAGACGGUGAUGGUUACUUCAAACUCACUACGGGAUGGGUCUCUUCUUAAAAGCCGCAAACAAAUGAGCCGUAAGAGGAAUUGCGCGGAAAAGAAAAAGACGCGAACGGGAUUAAAAUAAUAAUAACACAAUGUAAGAAGAAACAGAGACGGACCUGCAAAUAACUUAUAGUGAUACGUGCGUGGACGAUUUAUUGGACAAUAGACCUUUUUCUAAAUCAGUAUGCAUAACUUAAGCUUCGCAAGUGAAUCGGACACUUACAAGGACAUUGGUUUUACAUCCUCUGGGAAUUCUACAAGUCGCUAUUCUCCUGCCACCAUUAUAGGGCUCGCGGGGCUGGUGAGCUUCCUCAUCUUGUUUACAAUAGUGGGGAAUGUGCUGGUCGUUAUCGCCGUUUUAACGAGCAGAGCGCUCAAGCCACCACAAAACCUUUUUCUCGUGUCUCUGGCCAGUGCGGACAUUCUGGUGGCCACCCUGAUAAUCCCUUUCUCUCUGGCCAAUGAAUUAAUGGGCUACUGGUUUUUUGGGAAAGUUUGGUGUGAUAUAUAUCUAGCACUAGAUGUCCUUUUCUGCACAUCUUCUAUUGUUCAUCUCUGUGCCAUAAGUCUGGACAGGUAUUGGUCUGUAACAAAGGCGGUCGAGUAUAACUUAAAGCGGACACCUCGCAGGGUAAAGGGCAUGAUUGUGGUGGUAUGGUUGAUCGCGGCUGUAAUCUCCUUCCCACCGCUCAUCUCCAUGAACCGGAAUAACGAGGGUGACAGGAGCGAACCACAAUGCCAGCUUAAUGAUCACACGUGGUACAUCCUGUACUCCAGCAUCGGGUCAUUCUUUGCCCCGUGUGUCAUCAUGAUCCUUGUUUACAUCCGAAUCUACCAGGUGGCUAAAACAAGAACCCGGAAUAUGUCAGAAAAGCGCCAUGAUCAGGAUAUAGGAUCAGGAACGCCACGUCUGGAGAAUGGUUUGAGCCGUGAGGAUUCCAGGCAGGAAAACGGGCACUGUGCCUCGCCACCACCUGGGGAAUGCAAACAAGGUGAGGAUGACCCAGAUGCCGAACUGGAGGACAGCAGCUCGUCUGAUGAAAAGGCCAAACGGACACAAAACGAUACGGUUCCCUCGAGAAAAGAUCGCCGAUCCAGCCGCAAGAACAGCUCCAGUUCUAAGCAUUCCAGCCGAAAGUCCCGAGCCAGCAGCAAGUCCCUAGACUUGUUUUCCUCCCGGAGAAAAAGGAGGAACACCAUUUCGAGAAAAAAAAUUUCCCAGGCACGUGAGAAGCGGUUCACUUUUGUGCUGGCGGUGGUCAUGGGGGUGUUUGUGGUCUGCUGGUUUCCGUUCUUCUUCAGCUACAGCCUGCAUGGGAUCUGCCGUGAGCCCUGCACCAUCCAUGAAACCCUUUUCAAGUUUUUCUUCUGGAUCGGUUACUGCAACAGCUCCCUCAACCCUGUCAUCUACACUAUCUUCAAUCAGGACUUCCGGCGAGCUUUUCAGAAGAUCCUGUGCAAGUCCUGGAAGAGGUCUUUUUAGAGAACACUGGCAGCAUCCAGGGCCAUUUACAGGUGAUUGAUAAAGAGACAUUUUCAAAAACACCACUGCCUCUCUCUCUUUGCAUUGACAAUCUGUACACAACAACACUGAUAUAUUUUUCUUACUUUGUUGUGUUAUGCUCUUCAUGAGUCUGUGAGGACAACAAAUGCUGGUCACAUAGGUGGUUCCAAAAGCUAAAAUGCUUAAAAACAAACAAACAAAGAAAAAAACACCGGAACUGGGAAGCUCUACUGCAUUAGAAGAAACAGGCUCAUCUUUAUUAUGGCUGCAGGCCCUCUGAAGUUAUCAAGAUAUAUUUUUAUGAUGAGUUUGCACAUAUGGCUUGUGUCAUUGUGACUGAAGAGCUAUGUAACAUGAAAGGCUGUCUACUUAUGUUGACAAAAAAAAAAAGAUGAAUUGUGAAAAAUGUGCUGUUUAUUUCCAGCUGAGAGAUAUGAAACGAA